GCUUAAUAUAAUAAAAUUGAUGGGUCAAAGAUUACUAGUUGUUAAUAAUUAGUUAAUGAUAAUCCGAGAAUGCAAAGUCGGAACCUUCUACUCUACAAGACUUCCUACCUUUGCCGACUAAGCCAAAAUUAAAUAAAACCGAAAACAAGUACACCACGCGGAGCAAGUAACAAACAUACAAUCGGAAAGAGGAAAAAUCAAAUCAGAGUGAAAAUAAUGGCGCUACAAUGGAUGAUCCUGGCGUACGUCGUGGCGGCGGAGGCCGCCGUCGCAGUUACACUGACACUGCCAUCCCCGACAGCUGUAAAAUCUCGCAUCGUGUCGCUCGUCUCGCUUGUUCUCCAGCCCUCGCUGUUCAUCGUGCCAUUCUCCGCCUUCCAGCUUCUAGACAUUUAUUGGAAGAAUGAACAUAGGCUGAUGUGUAGUGGGGAGACCUGCACUGCUGCUGAGAGGGAUCGAUAUGAGAAAUCGAUCUACAAGGCUCAGAGGAAUGUGAUCUUAUGCGUUGGUGCUUGCCUUCUUUACUGGUGUAUUUACCGCAUAUGCAAGUAUCACAGGGAGAUUCAAAGCAUGGAGGAAACUGAGAAGAGGUACAAAGAAGAAUAGAGUAAUGGCAGUUAAAACAUUUGUUUACGAAGGUUUGUGUUUGUGUUGAAACUAUUAUUGGAACAUGUUUAGGAUGUUUAGUUUUUAUCGGGUCUGUGGAUUAAUGAAAGUGAGCACAUUUUAUGUCUGACAACUAUUACUAAUGAUCAUGUAUGUGUGGUUUUGAGUGUCUUUUGGAUACAUGCGGAAGAUAUAAAAAGGUACUGUUAGAAUCUAUAUCUAUAUUUAUAUCUAUAUGAUGAACUAAUUCA